GCGGCAGUGGCUGUCUCCGGUGGAGGAGGCGGACGCCGACAUCAGGUUCUCGUACCCACCCUUCAACAACAAGCUCGGACUCAGCAUCCCCGCGCAUGUGAAAAGGAUCAACGCGCCAGCCUACGGCCCGAGCAUCGCCAACGCGGUGAUGUCCAUGUUCGAAUCGGAGGGGAUGAGGAUCGCCGCGCGCCGCCUCAGCUUCAGCAUCCCGCGCUACAAGCUCUCCAAGCUGGUCCAGGAGAAGAUGGUGAAGGUGCGCGACCUGGUCAGGCACUGCGAGGAUACCCCGAGCAUCUCGGCGAGCAGCGCGCGGGCGACUGAGAACCUGCUGGCGUUCGUGCAGGAGUUCGAGAAGCUUGACGAGUCUAGCAUAAAGGACAUUUACGACUGGGAGGGCUUUGUUGGCAGGUUCGUGUUGUCCACGGAGUGGCAGAGCAAACUGCACUUCGACCACCUGCUCGGCCUCUUCGGGUUCGAGAGAGAG